AAAGUAUAAUUAAUACAUCUUAUGUCGUUCAGGUGGUACAUGUAUAUCUCGAUUGCGAAGAGAUAAGCAAACUGUCAGGGAAUCAGACCUUACGUGAUGGUCAGUUCUUAUGUCAGUUAUGAAAGCGUACAGUACAAGACCGGAAUAUUGGCUUUAUCUGUCGGCCUUCUUAACAUGUUAUGACUUCCUGCCUACCGGAAGUUCUCCGUUGUCAACAAAUCGUGCGUUUUCAAGUGUGUGAUGUCAAUAGAAAUACUUGCCUCAUAUGACUUCCAUCGACAAAUCUGUAUUAACUUGAUCGGAAAUUGAUGUUAGUCAUAUUUCUGUAGUUAUUAAGAUACUUGGGAACACCCCUUUUUAAAAUUUUGGUGAUUGUAUAUCCACAAUUUCACUUAGUAACAACAGGCCUCUAGAUUGAUCUACUUAUUCAUUAGAAGGCGCUUUGUCGUUAGUCGUUGUGUUCAAUACACAAUCAGUAUGUCCAAUCAGUAUGAAAAACGCUAUCAAAACGAACGAUCCGAAAAAAAUCUACCUCCGUUAUUUAAAAGACAGCUGUUUAAUGUUGAUUUAUCAAGAAAUUGUGUGUCCAGUUCCAGUGAAAUAGAACAGCCAAGUUUUAGAAUCAUGCAGUGGAAUUUAUUAGCACAAGCUUUAAGUAAAGGAGGUGACAACUUUGUACUUUGCCCACCAGAGGCACUGGUUUGGGAUAUUCGUAAACUUCAUAUUAUGGAAGAGAUUUUAACACCUGACCCUACAAUUGUGUGUCUUCAAGAGGUGGACCAUUUUAAAUAUAUUGAAACAGAACUUGGCAAGGCUGGCUAUAAAGGGACAUUCUUUCCAAAACCAUUCUCACCUUGUCUGGACAUAACUCCGAAUUACGGGCCAGACGGAUGUGCGAUAUUUUGGAAAUCUGAUGCGGUAGAUGUAAUUAAUAUAAAAAGUGUUAUAAUAAAGGAACCGACUGGUUAUGAAACAAAUCAAGUUUGUAUAGUGAUUCACAUGAAAUUAAAACAAAGCAACAAUCGAGAGUUGUUUGUAGCGGCUACACAUUUAAAAGCGAAGAAAGGCUAUGACCAGGUGCGACAUCUACAAAGUAAAUUCAUAGAUAAACUAUUAAAAGAAAUGUGUGGAGACUCUCCUGUGAUACUAUGUGGUGAUUUUAACGCUGAUCCGAGUGAAAAAGCCUACAAAGAACUGAUGUCUAGUGAUCUGGAAUUGAGUAGUGCUUAUACAUUCUUAAGUGAAAAUCUAGAGGAACCUCCCUUUACUACCAACAAGGUCCGUGGAAGUCCAUUGGGUCCAGUCGCUUACUGCCGAACCAUAGAUUUUGUUUUGUUUAGUAAAAACAAACUGGCAGUUUCAUCCAUUUUAAAAUUCCCGACGGAAGAAGAAAUUGGAGAAAAGCGGCUACCGUCAUUUAAUUAUCCAUCUGAUCACUUGUCUCUAGUCUGUGAUUUUCAGUUUAAAAAAUAGAUGAUUUAUUUUUUUUA